UGUUUUUUUUCCUUUCCUUUUUCCCUCUUCUUUUGGACGCUCGAGCCUUUUUUUACGCAUGCAGGGAGAAAUCUGUGGUGACACCUGAUCGACUGGCUUCUACCGCGCACAUUGACCCGGGAGCUCCAGGCAAAUCAGGGAGGGAGGAAGCACAUACUCGGUCAAUGCUCGGUCUGUGCUGUUGAUUUUGUUUGUGCGUGUGUGCGUGAGAGUGUGAGCGCGCUUCAUCUGCCGGGGUUGUAGCCCAGCCAAAGCCAUGGUCCACUGCGCCGGCUGCGAGAGGCCUAUCCUGGACCGCUUUCUGCUCAACGUGCUGGACAGAGCCUGGCACGUCAAGUGCGUGCAAUGCUGCGAGUGCAAGUGCAAUUUGACUGAGAAAUGCUUCUCACGGGAAGGAAGACUGUACUGCAAGAACGAUUUCUUUAGGCGGUUUGGUACGAAGUGUGGCGGUUGUUCGCAGGGAAUCUCUCCGAGCGACUUGGUGCGAAGAGCCCGCAGCAAAGUGUUCCACCUCAACUGCUUCACCUGCAUGAUGUGCAAUAGACAACUGUCCACCGGCGAGGAGCUCUACAUCAUAGACGAGAACAAAUUUGUCUGCAAAGACGAUUAUAUCAACAACACCAGUGUAAAGGACACCAACCUCCUCUCAGUAACGGCGUGCAGCGACCCGAGCUUAUCACCGGACUCUCAGGACCAGCUCCAGGACGAUGUGGUCCUGAAGGAGACGGAGAUCGCCGCGCUGUCCGACAAAGAGACGGUGAACAACGAGAACGACGACCAGAACCUCGGCGGGAAGAGACGCGGCCCGCGCACCACCAUCAAGGCCAAGCAGCUGGAGACGCUGAAGGCGGCGUUCGCGGCCACGCCGAAACCCACCAGGCACAUCAGGGAGCAGCUGGCGCAGGAGACCGGCCUCAACAUGAGGGUCAUCCAGGUUUGGUUCCAGAAUCGACGUUCCAAAGAGAGACGCAUGAAGCAGCUGAGCGCACUGGGCGCCAGGAGGCACGCGUUUUUCCGCAGCCCGAGGCGGAUGAGGACGCUGGUGGACCGACUGGAGCCCGGGGAGCUCAUUCCUAACGGGCCCUUCUCCUACUAUGGAGAUUAUCAAAGUGAGUACUACGGCCCAGGAGGGAAUUAUGACUUCUUUCCUCAGGGGCCUCCAUCGUCGCAGGCCCAGACCCCAGUCGACCUACCCUUCGUGCCCUCCUCAGGCCCCACAGGCACCCCCCUCGGCGGUAUGGACCACCCCCUGCCGGGCCACCACCCCUCCAGUGAGGUGCAGCGCUUCUCUGAUAUCAUGUCCCACCACCCAGGAGACUCUCCCAGCCCGGAGCCUGGAAUCCCAGGGCCCCUGCACAGCAUCUCCUCUGAGGUGUUUGGCCCAAAUCCACCCUUUACCUCACUGUCACUGAAUGGCAGCGGAUACAACAACCACCUGUCCCACCCGCCCUCAGAAAUGAACGAGGGCACCGUGUGGUAGCUUUUUCCUAGAGAACAGACUUUUACUGGCGAGAUUCCGUUUGAGGUUUGGUGGUGAUGAGGGGGCUGGAAUCAAGAACAGGGACAUGGAUUUCAACAGGGUUAGGGCAAUACCAUUGAACAUAUAUUUUUUUCUAUAUUUUUUUUUUUUUCUCGGUGUUGUCAUAUUUAUUUAUUUAUUUUCUCCACGUUAUUUGUUGAUCUUCUUAGUGGGGGAAGCGUAUCUGGCAUAAAAAUGAUGCUUAAAAGCAGUGUCUUCAGUAUUGUGUUUGGGUGUUUCAGUUGCUUCUUUUGUCCACCCCCGACAUCCAAAACAGGAAUUAUAAAAACAAUUAAAAAACUAACAAAAAGCAAACAAAAAAAGGACAAACAAACAGCAAGACUGUUGAACUUCCUUGGGCAGGUGGGGCACCCGAUCACUAUCCCUCCUGAUGCCGUCAUUGGCCCAGCAUAACAACCAAACCCCCAAACUCUUGACGGUGGGGUAGAAAACGACCCUUGCAAAUCUCUUACGGUAUGUUCUGAACACAAACACCAUCACUAGCUACUGUCAAAGACUUCAAUAGCUUUAUAGAGCAAGAAGAAAGGGGCUGAGGAUUGGUUGUGUGCUGACCUGGCACUGUAAGAUGGCUGCACCGCAUUCAGACUAUGUUUGAGGCACCAGAAAUGUCCCUUGUAUUUAUUCAGACGCUCCUCAGACCUUCUCGCCUCUCAAGGCUCUGCCAUAUUGACCCUCAACCUUUUUGAAAGUAUGUUUCUGAAGGCCGGAGGAAAUGACUUUUUCUCGCGUGUGGACUAUUUCUUUCCUUCUUUUUUUUCGCUUUUCUCGAUUUCAUAAUUUCCACCAAAUCUGAAGAAGGCCGCCUUCAAAAGGCAAACAGUAAAACCCUCUAUGGAUUGCAAACCCUUUAUUUAAAAUGGAAGUGAACUUGAAAUGUUGAAAUGAAGUCUACCUUCUAAAAAUUCUGAUUCUAAAAUAUGGGACUUACAACAGUCAACUGUUUACGUAAACCUAUUUAAUUCAGGAGUCCAGACGUCUCGAAAAACCAUGUUUUAGAACCUCUUGAUCCACAUAAAAAUGUUCCAAGCAACCAACCAAACUUUUGUAUUGAUUUCAUUUAUAUUGUAUGGAGAUAAAAACACAUUUGCUGGGGUUGUGGUUCACUGUGCUAGUUUGUACAAGAUGUUGUUUACAAAAAAGGUUCAAAAAAAGAAUAAAAAACAUAAGUAAAGUAGACAUUUGCCAAAUAAAAAAAAAAAAAUAUAGCACAAACUGUUAACGUGCUUUGCACCAUUAUCUGCAGAAUGUGUUGAGACGAAAUGUAAGUGUUAAAAGGAGUAAUUGACUUCUUAAUUUUUUAGUCUGCUGAUGAUACGUUCAUAAAAUUGUUAAUAUAACAUACUUAGACAGGUUUUAUUUUUGUGUCUUCAAAGGAGAAAAAUCCAAACUAUUAAGAAUUGAUGGUCAAAUAUGCAGCUAAGAAGCUGCUACAUCACUUUGAAUAUCAAGCCCUCACGAUAUGUCUUUUAAUGUUCCAAUAAACCGAAGCUUAUGUGACCUCCAGUGCAUAAUAGACCAUUCACUGUAUAAAUACAACAUGUUGACAAAAUGUGUUUCUAAUAAAACUAGAAAAUAUGCUUAUGA